ACUAGACUGGCCAAGGCAGACCUGUUACACUUGCCUGAGUUAGGCAUUGUUUGCCAUGCCACUAAACCUGCCGCCAAGUGAAACCUUCAUGGGGGAAAUGAGAUCGAAGUCUGGCCUGCUGAAGAUGGACGCCCUGUCUCUGUUUUUAUUUUAUUUUGAUUUCUUUCCUUUGUUUCUUUUAUUUUUAUUUUAUUUUGUCCCUUUUUUGUUUUGUUCUGUUAAAUCUCUUUCCCUUGUACUUGUGAACUGGUACUUCAGUUCUGUAAAAAUGAUGUUUGUAAAGGGUUCACAGUGUUUGAUCUUGAAGUUGACCUGAAGCUGCUUAUGAAUGGUGGAUGGUAUACAGAGAAUUUAGAAUAUGAUUCAUCUUCAAUGCUGUGAAUUAAGGAUAAAUUUGAUUUAGAAUACAUUUAAGCAUCUAAAUUCAACAGAUGAGCACAUCGUGUCAGAAGGCAGGAACAGUUUUGAGAUACAUUCUUUCAUAUGUUGUGUUUUAUGAGUUCUUCUUGGAAAAGGACAGUUGAGACUCAUGCUUCUGGAGAAACCAACUUUAGAAAGUAAAGUCAUGAUAUUUCUCUGCUAUUUUCCUCAGCAGAGUGUUUUAUUUUAGGUUGCACUGUCUAUUUAAAAGAAGGCUGAUUAUUUAUGUCUAAUGUGAUGAGCUUAAAAUAAUUAUUUCUGAAACAACUUUUAUGAAUAUUGAAUGUCGUGAAAUAUUUGUUUACUUUUGAUGAAACCUUGCUGCAGUGAGGUCAGUGACAGGAGGAUUUCAUCCUUUUCUUGUAAUUUUCAGAAAAGACUGUUUACCACUCAUAAGUACAAAUGCAGCCUGGAAUUUUGGUUGGAAUGUGUUACGUGAGACACGUUGUCUUUAAACACUGUUAUUUGUGAGAAGAUUGAAUCAGUUCUCUGUGUGUGUGCGCGUAUGUGUGUUUAUACUUGCAUUUUUGACAUGCUGCAGUGGUAAUUAUUUGAAGAAGAGGUUUAAAAAAGGAAAAGUCAGAAAAAAAAGUGUUUUCUCCAUCAUCUCACAGUCUCAGAAGCCCUGGCAGUUCAUGCUGGAGUGAUUGAGAUGGUUCUCAUCCCUAAAUGAUGUUUUCACUUCCUGUGAAAUGGGAGCCCUGAAACAGAAGUGGUGAACAAGGUGCUGUGUCUAGUCUUCAGGCAUUGCUCUUCCCAGCCAGCUGCAUUGGAAUCUGUUGGUUUCACUCUGAAAAGAGCUUUGCUUGAUGAUUUUUAUUGGAUUUGGCAGUUGAGUGAUGCAGCCAACACGAACGGUUGUCAUGUGUAAAACAACUUUCGAUCACCGCGAAAACACCGCCCUGGGAAAGCGUCCAUGCUUGAUAUCGUUUGGUUCAUGAACGUUAAGUUUCCAGUACAGGUAAAAUCCCAGAUGAAGCCAAAGCCCUCUCUCUAUUGGCGCCUGCUCCUACUAUGACAAGUCUGAUGCCUGGUGCAGGAUUGCUUCCCAUACCUACACCAACCCCUUUGACUACACUUGGUGUUUCACUUGGCACUUUAGGGGCUAUACCAGCAGCAGCAUUGGACCCUAACAUUACAGCACUGGGAGAAAUACCACAACCACCAAUUAUGGGAAAUGUGGAUCCAUCCAAAAUUGAUGAAAUCAGGAGAACAGUCUAUGUUGGAAACUUAAAUUCCCAGACUACAACAGCAGAUCAGCUGCUUGAAUUCUUCAAGCAAGUUGGAGAAGUUAAAUUUGUGCGAAUGGCAGGUGAUGAGACUCAGCCAACACGAUUUGCUUUUGUGGAAUUUGCUGACCAAAAUUCUGUACCUCGAGCUCUUGCCUUUAAUGGAGUUAUGUUUGGAGACAGGCCACUGAAAAUAAAUCACUCUAAUAAUGCAAUAGUGAAGCCUCCUGAAAUGACACCACAGGCUGCUGCUAAGGAGCUGGAAGAAGUGAUGAAGAGAGUAAGGGAAGCCCAGUCUUUCAUAUCUGCUGCUAUUGAGCCAGAGUCUGGAAAGAGCAGUGAAAGAAAAGGCGGUCGAUCUCGUUCCCAUUCUCGUUCAGAAUCCAGGUCUAGCUCAAAAUCCCGAUCUAGAAGGAAAAGAUCACACUCAAAACACAGAAGUAGAUCAGGCAACAGAUCUCUCUCAAGACACAAGGACAGACGCAGAUCCAGAAGUCCCCUGAAAAAACGGUCUAGAUCUUCAGAAAGGCGGAAAUCAAGAAGUCGCUCUCGUUCUCGGGACAAGAAAAGAGACAAAGAAAAGAUCAAGGAAAAGGAAAAGGUCAAAGAAAAAGAGAGAGACAAGGAGAAGGAUAGGGACCGAGAAAAAGACAGGGAAAGAGAGCGAGAUAAAGAGAGAAACAGAGAGAAGGACAAGGAGAGAGAUAAGGAGCGAAGCAAAGAUAGAGAGAGAGCCCGAGAGAAAGAUAGGGACAGGGAAAAGGAUAAGGACAAAGACAGACAGAGGGACAAGGAUAGGGAAAAGGAAAAAGAUAAAGAGAAGGAAAAAGACAAGGAAGAGGUAGACCAGAACAAAGAAAAAGAAGAUAUUGAGAAAGAAGGAGAGAAGGACAGAGAAAAGAUUAAGGACAAAGAAGGAGAUAAGGACAAAGAGAAGGACAGGGACAAAGAAAAGGAAAAAGAUGGGGAUAAGGAGAAAGAGCGAGAAAGAGAAAAGGAGAGAGAUGAUAAAAAGAAGAAAGAUAAGAGAUCCAGAACACCCCCAAGAAGCUAUAGCUCUUCAAGAAGAUCUCGUAGCUCCAGCAGAGAAAGGCGUAAAAGGAAGAGUAGAAGUCCUUCCAAGUCUCCUAAAACAUCGAAAACAGCAAAAAGAAAGUCUUCACGAACUCCUUCCCCCAGAAGGUCAGUUUGAUGUAAACAUAAAAGUUAAUGAUCAGUAAAGAAGGCAGGAUUUAUAACAUUUUCAUUGUUUUAUUGCCUUUGCACUAAUCAUCUCAGAUGAUUACAGUUAGUCAGUAUGAUUCAGUUUUAAUUUAAAACCAACCCAAAACCUUAAUGGAUUUUAGCUUUGGUAUGCUUUCAGUGGGAGAGUUUCAAAUCAAUCAGCAAUGCAGAUUUGCUUCAAAAUGAUAAAACCCUUUCAUCUGAUAGAGAUCAAUUUGCUUUUUUCUUGGCAAAUACAGUGUGGACUGAUCACUUUUACACUCUAUAGUUCUCUUCAAGUCAAAAAAUCCUCUUGCCUUUAUGAAAGGUUUUUCUGUUACAUUUUAGUUUUUUUUUAAAAUGCACAGCAGAGAGUUUAAGUUAGCAGUCAAAUAGUUUGAAGUUGGAUCAAAUCCUAAUUUGACUAAAAAUUUUCUGAAACAGAAAUAAGAAAGAAAAAAAAAGAGAAAGAGAUACAAAUAAUGAAAGAAGAGAAAGAGAACGCUCCACCUCCAAGAAAAAAAGUAGUAAAGAAAAAGAGGGAAAGGAGAAAUCUGACAAAAGCACCACUACUUUGAAGGAGAAAGAUAACAAUAAAGAGGAUCAGAAUUCAGAAACUGACAAGGAAGUAGACAAUAGAGAUGCACAAAGAACAGAUGAAGUCAAACUACAACAGAAUGGGAACUGUCAACCAAAUGAAGAAAGCCUGUCAAUUAAAAUGGAAGAGGUUUAAAGCAAAGAAUGGACUUGUGAUUCAACUAAGGAAUGAAAUCCAAAGCAUCUUAUUUCCCAGAAUGAGGAAGAAAAUGUCAAAGCAAUCAACCUGACCGUAUUGAUAGUACUAGUAGUUCCUACAAUUCUUGUGAUAGCUUUGUUGUCUUCUUGCUGUAAAGCAAGAGAACACGGACCAGUCGUUAUACCAUGAAAAGGCAGAUGCCAUCAGAACUAUUCAUCUCUGAAAAUCCAUGCAUUUCCAUGAUGGCUGUACUUGUAAAAUUAUGUAUGUUACGUUUUGCUAUAAGCUGUUACAAAUAAGUAGAAACUGAAAGAUGUAAACCUGUACUUCCCCAAAAAAGCUGAAGGUAUGCAUUGAAGGUUGUUUAAAAUACUGCUUGUUGAUGACUUGUGUUGUUUUGCCCUGUGGGUUAAAAAAUCCCAAUGUGUAAUGUUUGAUGUGCUUGAAAAUGGUGCAUAAAUGUACACACCUUCUUUCCUUGUAAAUGACAACUGUAGGGAAAGGGGUUUUAAACAUAAACACAAUUUUACCUUAUGUUAAAUACCCAAGAAUUAGUAUGUUUUUCAUUUGCUCACUGCUUGAGAUUCUUCGGGUUUAUUAUUUAAAAGAAUUUUUUACUAAUAUCCCUAAAAUUAAUAUUUCUUUUAAAGUAUUUGAACAAUGCAUGCUCUUUUUCUUUUCCUGUAAGGAACAUUGCCAUGUUAUAGAUAUUUGGUUAGCUUACUGGGUUAUUUUAGGAUUGGUUUGUUUUGUUGUUUUCUUUGUCCUUACAGAAGUGAGCACAUCAGUAUGGUAUUAUCAGAACUUACAGCUUUGUUUUGAGAUGUACUGCAGUGUGUCUGUUAAGCUGCAAAUAGUACAGGUGCCAUUAAGGAAAUAAUUUUUUUCUUUGGUUAAAAAAAUAUGGGAGCACAAGCAGAAGCUUUAGUGCCUUCUUAAAAUGUGAUAUUUUCUAGAAAUGUAUAUGUGCUGUUACACAUUUUCAGCUAAACCUUAUAUGAUCUCUCUUGCUAUUUUGCCACCACCGUACUGUGGACAAGGAUGCAAGUGAUUUGUCAGAACGGUUGUUUGGUUCGUUUGUUAAAAUACUGAAGCUCCAUCUUACUUUUAUUUUUUACUCUUAAAGGAGAUUUAUAAAUGAGAGCAAAAAUGCAGUGUGGAGACCACCACUGUACAAAAGUAGUAGCUCAACAUAAAACGUGUUCUGAUCACCUGCAUCAAGAAAGCCCUUAAGACAUUUAAUCUACAUUUGGAUGGCCUUAAUAGUUACCUCUUGAUCAUCUUCUCUGAUACCUGUAGGGUGAUGUAGAAGGAAUUGUUUGCAAAGCAGUGGGGGAUAAAUAAUUUGGGCAAGAAAGUUUAAUUUACACAGGGCUUACAUAGUAGAGGUUUUUUUCAUUUUUUGGGAAGAAAGCAUGUAAGAAGAGAAUGACGAAAUAUUUUUGUCAAGGUAAAAACAUGGCUUGUGUUCUCUGAACUAAUUUAAUUGGUUACAUGAGAUUUCUGAAAAGUCAUACUUCUAAGACAUAAUUAUAGCUAAAGUGGAGUAGAUUAUUUUUACUACAACUUAAUGCAAUGGAAUUAAUUGCCUUACCUCAUGGGAAGUGUUAUUUCUUUCAGUUGAAAUAAAAAAAUAGUAGUGUAUUGGCUAUUUGCUUUCUAUUUGUUAUACUUUUCUUUUGCAUAGUUAAUUCUUUCAGUGGGGGGAGGAGACCAUGUUACAGGGAACAAAAAAUUUGCCCAAUUCCCAAGGUAAUCAAAUCAAUUUGAUUGUGAAGCUGCUUAAUCACUCUUCAUUUUUUAUAAGAUUUAGUGUUUUACCACUACACAUUUAAGAGUACAGAAAAUGCUUUACCAUGUAAAGUGUAGACAGCCAUAAUUCUGAUAAGGAAUAACAAAUCUGUGUGCUUACAGGAAGACUGUGAAGGAUUGUGUCUUGCAACAACAGCUGUGUUGUUUAUGAUGUCUAAGUAGCAUAGAGCAAAGAGAUUGUUUCUAUACUUGUUAUCUUUGGUACCAUUUCACAAUAAAAUUGAGUAUUUUAGAGGGAAAUUUCUGCUGAUACAUACUUAUUAAAGGAAUAUUUUUAGACCACGUGGUCUUACUCAGACAGCUUCUUUGGUUCAGAAUGUAGGUAUUAGUGAAAACAUACAUGUAUUUUUUUAUGGUAUCUUUGAAAAGCGAAGUUUCUCCUUUGGGAAGAAUUAGAAUUUUUGAAGUGUAUCAUGUUUUAGCUGAUAUUAGUUUAUCUUUAGUUUUCUUAAUCUGAAAUUGGAUAGCCCUAUGAUAUAUCUGUUAUAGAAUAUGUAAAGGAUUGUGUACACUUAGCUGAGAAACAUGCCUUUGGAAAUUGAUAGUUAAAGGUGGCAGCCUUAACUUACUAGCUAACUUAGCACAUAUGUGAGGCAAUAUGCAGCACAUUGUUGUGUUGUAUGUGAAUUAUGGCUCCUUACAAAGUUUUUGUUUGUUUGUUUUUUAAAAAAGGAAAGAAACAAACAACCAAAGCAACCAACCACCAAACACACACAAUUUCCUCCCCACCUCAAGUCAUAUUUUCUUCCGAAUACUUUGUUUUUUGAUUUUACUUUGUAAAUACUGUGCGCAUCUGUGAGGAAGUUAAGUUUUGCCUAUUUGUAUAGGAUGUUUUAUGGUUCCUCUCUUCCUAAAAAGCCACUACUAGAGAACUAUUACUCCAUAAAAUGUGUAUCUCAGCAGAGGGUAGUUAAUUUUUAAACUGGUAGUGUAGCACAGUAAUUAAGUUCCCGCUUGCUCCUACAGGAUUGCGCACAUUAUCCACUGAAUGUGUCCAUCUUCCAUGGGAAGUCCAUUGCCUCAUUAUUAACAAGGUUGCAUGCUGAGCUGCCAUGUCGGAUCACCUGGGUUUCUGCUUUAUAAAUGGGAUUAAAUCGAGUGGAGGUUUUCAAAACAGUGUAGUUCACAGUAGCUCUGUUGCUUUACAUGUAAUUUCAUCUGAAUCAGCCUUUACUUCAAAUUUUAAUUGCUCAGAAGAGUGAUGAUGCGGUGCCAUUUUGUAAAGACCAUGUAAAGCACAUAUGCAUAAGCUUCCAUUAGUGCCCACAGUUACUUCCCAGCAGUGUUUCUAGAUAACAGACAUGGCUUUUGGAUUAAGAAGAUAGCAGAAGAAAACUGCUGGUGGAUGAAACAGGAUUUCAAGCUCAAGAUAGAGGUGGCUGUGGCUUAGAUAAAUUCUUCAGUCAAUGGAUUUACACAGAUGUGAGGGAUGGAAUUUUGUUCGCAAACACUGAUAGUGUGGUAUGUUAAGAAUGCUGGUUUUUUUCAUAUUUCAGAACUAGAAGUAGGGAUAAAAGCACUGGGUUAGAAACUAGAAAUAUCUGAAGAAUACCUGGGAAAUUGAUGAGAUGUGGGUUCUGCCUACUCAUUAAUCACCUGCUAAUUUGUUUUGAUGGCACAUCAAAAUAGAUACAUCUGAACUAGCCUUACAUUAGCUAGCUGACAGCAGCAACCUAUGCACAGCUUGGAUUCUGAAAUGAGCUGUGGACACUUGGAUAUUUUACUCUGCUGCAAGGGAGGAAAAUUCUGUAGUCUGUAGUAUGCUUUGUAUUGCUUGCUACUGUUCUCUGGCCCAGUUACAUCUAAGGCUGUACCUGAAAUUACUUUGAAACCCUGCAGGUCUGUUACAGCGUAGCUUCUCUUUGUUGCGCUUAGCUUGUACUGAUACUUUGUGAUAGUAACUAAAGUGGGGAUUUUCUUUUGGUCUAAGAAAGAGAUAAGUGAAGGCUGCUUUGUAAGUUAUAAAUUAUUGUAUAGUUCUUACCUGUCCUUAUUACUCAAUUUUUUCAUUCAUGUGUAUGACCAUUGCAAGCAGUAAUGUCAUAGUGAUGUGUGUAUUGUCUAUUUUAAAGUCUGAAGCAUUUGCAUCACUGUCUUUUUGUUGGUUUGUAAUGAAAGAAGAUUUGGAGUUCAUGUACUUUUAGAGGGGGGGGAAAAGAAUCCAAAGUAUGAUAAUUGCAUCAUAAUGGUAAAACGGUCUUUAGGAUGUGAAUUCUGAAUAAUGAACUGGGUCAUAUUAUGGGUCCCACUUGCCACUUGUAUUUUCCAUUUUAUAGCAAUCAGUUGUUGCCUUUGGUGUUAUCCUAAGUUUAAACGUGAAAAUUUGAUUAGUGGCAUAAAUGCUGAGAUCUGUAAAUGGCUAAAAUCAUGUCAAUCAGUAGGCACUUAGUUCAGAGAGAUGCAGUUUUCUCACUAGAGAUUGGAGUGUGAAGAGUUGAAAUAUGUAGAUAUCGUUAAGUGUUAGUGCCUAAAGAGAAUCUAAAAUUUAAUUUUGUUUGCUAAUAUGUAAACAGAACAGAAGCUUUCAGCUUGUACUUUAGGUUUAUUUUUAUAUGUUGAAAAGUGUAAUUGAAAUUAUAUUGAAAACUAAAAGCACAAAAGGGGAUUUUUUUAUGUAUGAGAAUCAUACUUUCAAUUGUUUAAUUUUAGACUUUUAAAAAAUGUCAUUGCAUGUAGUAUUUAUUUUUAUCAAGAAUGCCUUGUUUCUAAGUAAGUCCUGUUGCAGGAUCCGAGCAUGUUAGUGUGUGGCUUUCUUCUGUAUUCUCUUCAAUGGACAACAGCUUAAUAAACUUGUCUGACAAUAUACAGAGGCAGCUACUUUCCAGCUAGUUUGAAGAGAUGAAGCUGUUUACACAUCGAUUAUGUAUUGUUCAAAUAAAUGCCACAGUUGAGAAGCUAUCUGCAAACUUCAGUUUCAGUAUUUUCUGAACACAUGAACUCUUACUAUGCAAGAGGGAAAUUUUUUUUUUUUUUUAAAUUGUCAUGACAGUCAAUUUUAAGAUUAUUGAGCUUAGUAGAGGAGAACAUGGACAGCAAAAGUGAGUUUUUAGCUGUUUACAUAUUCUAUUCUAGAAAGCUUCAGCUUACACUUUGUUUUAAAUUUUGUUGCAUUUUUUGUGUUCUCUAGUGCCAAAUCUGAGAUUAGAGGGUCUUGGUGUACAAAAUGUGUUCUGUACCAAUCUUUAUAAUGAAAUUAUUCUUCUCAUAUUGAAGAAGUUACAUGUGUCAUCUUUGGCCUAAAAGAUGUAUCAGCAAUGGUAAAAGAGUAAUUUCAUCUUCCUUUCGCUCAGUUCUUCAUGUCACUAAUGAGGCUGUCAGUUAAGUAGCUUUCUUAGAAGAAGUUGUAGCUCUACUCCUUCCCUAGUGCAAAGAUUUAGAAUUGCUGCUGCACUGAUGAGUAAAUCAUGGGCAACUUAGAAAUUGCUACUUUGAAAAGCCAUCAUUUGCGUAAUAUAAUUCAUUUACAUAAUAUAAUUUAAUCAAAGGAAUGAGUGAUCCACUCCAGAAACACCAGGAGACUAAUUUAACGUUCACAAUUUAUGUAGCCUGUCAGUACACCCUUUCUGGUAUUUUCCCCACUGAUAUGGGAGCUGUGUCUCCUUUGCUACACACAAAUCACACUUAUCACUGUCUGGGUUCAGAUAUACCUGGGGAACCUGAGCACCCCAGCAGCAAAAGUAUUAUUUCCCUUCUCUAAGUUCGAUAUUUCUAGUAAUAAUGUAGGUAUUCUAAGUUUAGUUAAUAGAUAACCAAAAUUGUGCUAUGUUGGUAUAGUAUAUUUUUGCAUUAAUGAAGCAACUAUGAAAUGGUACAUAUAAAGAAAUGUUAAAUGCUCUUAUGUAGUUGUUAUUUUCAUAAAUAAACAAUGUUCCAAAGUUUUAAUGGUGUCAUAAACUCACUUCCACUACAUUUGGAUGAGAUACAGUGAAUUACUCUGAAGCAAGUCUCUGUCUCUCCUUUUUUUUUUUUUCCUUUUUUUUUUUUUUCCAUAGGCUUCAUCUGCCCCAGAAUCAAGUGUUACAAACUAAGUCUGUUCUACUGAUACUGGCAAGAAUGUUACAGGAAACGUGAUAAGGGUUUAAGUAAUUGAAUGUAUCACCACUGUUUAGUUACAGAAAAGGCUUUUGAACCCCCUAUGUGAGUAGGGGAAUUUUUUCUGCAGAGAAAAAUACCAUAGUUUCACCAGAGAAAGCUUGUCAGUUUCAAACAGUAAAUCAAUAAAUGUAACUGUAUAGAAGACUAUGUCAAAGUAGGAUCAGGAGUUCAGGCAGAGCUUCUGACAUUAACAGUCAUACCGAUGUAUGUAAUGGAUAUUUUCAUAAUAAAAUUCACUUUUCGAUGCUUAA